CACCAUACGAAGACACGAAGAAAAUAAGAAAGGGUGCUUCUACGGAGACCCCGACGGGGUCUCCUUGGUUUUUUUUUUUUUUUUUUUUUUUCUUAUAUCAUUAAGAAAUUCAUUUCUGAAUGAUUUAAGAAAAAGAAAAAAAACAAAACCAAUUCAGUGCAUUUCUUAAUGCUUACCUACACGGUGCCUACAAGCUGCUUGCCAUUAAUCCUCGGAGAAAGCGUACAGAUCGUUGUUCUGGAGAUCAAGAAACUAGUAAUCCAGGUUAGAGAUCAGAAAGCUGUUGCCACAUAUUUCCUUUAUAUUUUUCUUCUUUUUUUUUUUUUUCGAUUUUUCCCCUUCUCCCCGGGCCUCUCCCCUCCUCCCUGUUUCUCUCUCCCUUUCCCAACUCCUCACUGGCGUUUCUGCCGCAGCCUCUCAACAACGUCGCCGCCAAACCUUCCUCGCCCCUCGCCCCUCGCCAACGUUGCUGCCGCACCCCUCACCUUCCUUGCCACUCCCCGACGUCACCCUUCACCCUCUCCUCCGUUAUCAUCGUCGCUGCUGCCGCCCCUCACCGACAGAUGUUGGCUCUGCAACGAAGAAGGACAUUAUGCAAAUGAAUGUCCUAACAGAACAAAACAAAAGAAUGUCAAAAGUUUCUUGUACGUACCAACAAUCUACCAGAGCAGCAUGACAAUGGAUGUGCUUUUAGGAUAAAAGAUGGACCUCAAAUCCAUCAAAGCUCUUAUGGAGCAACAAAAAGCUUUCAUGAGCUACUUAGGAGUGUAAAUUGGUCCAGUCCAAUCUGGUGGGCCAAAAUUUUUCUCCGGACCAAACCAAACCGAACAUCCAUAGGGACCGGACCGGAUAGCUAUCGGUCCGAUCUAAUUAUUUUACUAUUUUUUCAUCUUCUUUUUUUCAAAUAAAUUAAUAAAAAAAUUAUUUAAAUUA